UGCAACCGUUAAUCCUCAUCGAAGAAGACGUGUGGAGAGAUUAACAUGGCGUCUAUGGUUGCUGUGUUGAUCGGGGCAGUGGAUGAGAAAAACAAAAUACUGAACAGGAAAAUAAAGACGGUCUAGGUGCAUUUGGAGCUAAAACCUGCAUAUUACAGUCCAGGUGUUCAUUGGACUAGCUGCCUCAAUAGACCCUGAUCAUCCUCAAUACAGAGUAGCAGCUAGAGAGUGGGAGAGGACAGGAUUGAGGCAUGGAGGAAUCACAAAGCCCAUUAAAAUCAGUCAAGCCCUUUCGCAACGAGGCCAAGGGAACCAAAGCUUCAUCCUUUGCCAGCUCCAGGCCCCUGAAAGAGGCUCCAGCCCAGAGAGAGUGCCCCAAGUCUGCCACUGCCUGUCAGAGCAAGGAGAACAUCACCACAGCCAGGGAAGACCAUAAGGACCAAGGCAGUAACUGUGGGACAGGCACAGGCAGAGCCUCUACUGCCAGCCCUCAGAACCCAGGGAGAGGGAAGCCUCGUAGGCUAACUGGGGGGACCAGCUCUGGGGAGAGGGGGAAGGUGAGAGUUGAAGGCCAACAGCAGCAGAGGGGUGAUGCUAGGCCCUCGUUGGUUACAGGACGCAGCCUGGCUGGUGUAGUUGGAGACAGAGACACAGGAGCCACAGGUAUGGUGGCCACUUCAUCUGAAGAAGGCCUUACUUUACAGACCAAGACAAGUCCAUUGAAGGAGAUGUCACUGGGUGAGAAGGCUGAAGCUGUGGUGGGCACAGGGCAGCCUGCAUUGGAGGUCACUGUGGUGGGGUCAGGAGUCAACGAGCGGGGUCAGGGUAGAAGCAUGACCUCGGAGCAGAAGCUGGGUCUCAGACAGGCUGAGGAGCGCCUCUACAGAGACUACAUACACAGACUGGUCAAGCAGUCUCCUGAAUACCCUAACUUCCAGUACCUAUGCAAGCUGUGUUCUGUACACAUUGAGAACAUACAGGGGGCACACAAACACAUCAAGGAGAAAAGACACAAGAAGAACAUCAUGGUGAGAGAAAAAGAUAAGCAGGAGGAGAACGAGCUACGGGCGCUGCCUGCCCCCAACCCAGCCCAGCUCGGAGCCGUUAACGCAGCCGUCCUCCGGGCGGCCAACCAACACGGCAUCUCAGACCAGGACUUCCUGGUGCGACAGGAAGUGGUCGACAGGAUGGAGGUGAUCAUCCAGCAGCACCUCUCAGUUUGCUCCCUUCGGCUCUACGGCUCCUGUCUCACCCGAUUUGCCUUCAAGACAAGUGACAUUAACAUUGACGUCACCUACCCCUCCACUAUGAGCCAACCAGAUGUGCUGAUACUAGUACUGGAAAUCCUGAAGAACAGCACUGAAUAUUCUGAGGUGGAGUCUGACUUUCACGCCAAAGUUCCGGUUGUGUUUUGCAGAGAUGUCAACAGUAGGUUGUUGUGCAAGGUAAGUGCAGGUAAUGACGUAGCCUGCCUCACUACCAACCACCUGGCUGCCCUGGCUAGACUGGAACCCAGACUGGUGCCUCUGGUCCUGGCCUUCCGCCUCUGGGCUAAGUUGUGCCACAUUGACUGCCAGGCGGAAGGGGGUAUCCCCUCCUAUUCCUUCUCUCUCAUGGUCAUCUUCUUCCUCCAACAACGCAGGGAGCCCAUCCUCCCUGUCUACUUCGGCUACUGGAUUGAAGGCUUUGACGUGAAGCAUGUGGACGAGUACCAUCUGACGGGGAUAGAGAUGGAUAUAUUUGUGGGGUGGGAGCACAGACCCCCCAGUACAGAGGGACGGGGGGACGGCAGGGGGGAAGGACGGAAGGCCAAGCCUGAGCAAAAGAAACCUGAUGUGAAGAACCGGCAUGUAGCGGGGAUGACGCGUCUAUCCCUGGACCUGGGUAAGGGUGUGUCCCUGGGCCAGCUGUGGCUGGAGCUGCUGAGGUUCUACACGCUGGAGUUCGCCCUGGAGGAACACAUCAUCAGCAUCCGCCUCAAAGAACUUCUCUCUCGAGAGAUGAAGAACUGGCCCCGACGCAGGCUGGCCAUCGAGGAUCCGUUUGCCCUGAAGAGGAACGUCGCACGCAGCCUCAACAGUCAGAUGGUCUUUGAGUACAUCCAGGAGCGCUUCCGCACCGCCUACAAAUACUUUGCCUGCCCGCAGAGCAAGGACCGAAACGCCGUGGAGCAGCAGAGAGGCAAGAAUACAACCAAACAUGGGGGCAUGAAACGGGAGGAAGGCGAAAGAAAGGGUGGAGAAGACGGGUCUGAGAAGAGUGGAGGUGGACAGGGUGAUGGGAAUGAAGGGAAAAGUCAGAGCUCUGAGACAGGUCAGAAGGAGGAUGGUGAGAGUGAUGGAGAGGAACGAGCUGAGCGGACUCAGGAGAAGGAGGAGAGGGCAUUGAAUGGCGGGCUUAUGGACUUGGUCCUUAGUGGGGGGGGUACUUCAACGGAUGGGGCUAUAGCGGAGCCUGGCACCACUCUGGAGCCUUCCUCCGCCUCAACCCAUAACGGCCUACUGGAUGGGGAUGAAGAGGAGGAGAACCAUGUGUCGGAGAAGCAGGGACAUAUUGCACCAGAGGACCUGCACUAUAUAUUUGACAGAAUGAUCUUCACUGGUGGAAAGCCUCCUACAGUCGUGUGCAGCACAUGUAAGAGAGAUGGCCAUCUGAAGGACGAGUGUCCUGAGGACUUCAAGAAGAUUGAGCUCAAACCGCUGCCCCCCAUGACCGACCGCUUCAGAGACAUCCUGGAUGGCCUUUGUAGACUCUGCUACCACGAGCUGUCCCCUUCCCCUGGAGAGCAGCAGAAGAGAGAGCAGAUCCUGGGUAGUCUGGAGAGGUUUAUACAAAAGGAGUACAAUGACAAGGCCCAGCUGUGUUUGUUUGGCUCCUCCAAGAACGGCUUUGGUUUCCGUGACAGCGACCUGGACAUCUGUAUGACCCUGGAGGGCCAUGAUACAGCAGAGAAUUUGAACUGCAAAGAGAUCAUCGAAGGCCUAGCCAAGGUGCUAAAGAAACACACAGGUCUGAGGAACAUCCUGCCUAUCACAACAGCCAAAGUGCCUAUUGUGAAGUUUGAACACAGACAGAGCGGACUGGAGGCAGACAUAAGCCUCUACAACACUCUGGCUCAACACAACACCAGAAUGCUGGCUACCUACGCUACCCUAGACCCUCGCGUGCAGUUCCUGGGAUACACCAUGAAGGUGUUUGCGAAGCGCUGUGACAUAGGUGACGCGUCCAGAGGAAGUCUGUCAUCCUAUGCCUACAUCCUCAUGGUGCUCUACUUCCUGCAGCAGAGACAGCCCCCUGUCAUCCCUGUUCUUCAAGAGGUCUUUGAUGGAGAUUCUGUACCGCAAAGGAUAGUGGAUGGUUGGAAUGCCUUCUUCUUUGAUGAAACUGAGGAACUGCGUCAGCGUCUGCCAGAGCUUCCGCAGAACCGUGAGACUGUGGGGGAGCUGUGGCUGGGCCUGCUCAGGUUCUACACUGAAGAGUUUGACUUUAAGGAGCACGUCAUCAGCAUCCGCCAGAGGAAACGGCUCACCACCUUCGAGAAGCAGUGGACCUCCAAGUGCAUCGCCAUCGAAGACCCCUUCGACUUGAAUCACAAUCUUGGUGCUGGAGUUUCUCGCAAAAUGACUAACUUCAUCAUGAAGGCCUUUAUCAACGGCAGGAAGCUGUUUGGUACUCCUUUCUACCCCCAGCCUGGCAUAGAGGCGAACUACUUCUUUGACUCCAAGGUGCUCACGGACGGGGAACUUGCACCUAAUGACAGGUGCUGUCGGAUCUGUGGCAAGAUCGGUCAUUACAUGAAGGACUGCCCCAAAAGACGCAGGUACACAGGGAGAGAACAUCAGGGGAUGAAGAAGAAGGAGAACGAAAAAGAGGAGGAUGUCAAGGAUGGAGACGAUCAUGAGCCACGGGAGCGUCGCUGUUUCCAGUGUGGUGAAAUUGGUCAUGUACGGCGGGACUGCCCAGAGUACCGCCACCUUAGACAGAAAGCCGCAGGCGGACCGGUUUCCCACAUAGUGCGAGCCAUGGUAAGCUCCCAGUCCAUCCCCAUCCCCCAACCUCCCCAGGACCUCCCUGGACGCACCAGACAACCUUCUGAAUGUUCUGAUUCCCGCCAGACUCCGCCCUAUUCCCCUCAGCCCACCCUGUUCUCCCAGGGUUCUAGCCAAUCCUCCAGCUCCCCCCAGCCCUCCUCCUCCAAGACCUCCAUCUCCGCUGGAGAGGGACCGCACAAGCAGCCCCAACAUCCCCAGGUUCCCCUCUCUCUCUUUAGCUUCCCACUCUCCCACCCAAGCCAGUACCACCACCCUGGAGCUCUCACUGCUCUGGGGCUACUGCCGUCCCACCACAACCAGCACCAAUCACACCUGUCCCAGGGGCACCAGGCCCAUCACCAACCUCACCACCCCUCCACCUCCUGGCCCAUCCAUGGCCCCGUCCUCCAGACCUCCAGUGGCCCCGAAGGGCCCUCCCCGCCUGGCCUAAAAUUCCCCUUGCGCCAGGCCCCCGGGCAAGGGAAUGGGAACACAGGCCCAGGGGGGUCACCGGUGGGUGGCAGCCCCAUGAACCUCAAUGACCCCAGCAUCAUCUUCGCCCAGCCGGCGGGGAGACCCAUGGGCUUGGGAAGAGGGCCGGGACUGGACGGGCACUGGCACAACCACCUGGCACAGCAAGGGGCACUGGUGGCUAAUGGCACUGUGGGCAAGUCAGAUCCGGGCUACCAGACCCAGUUCGGGGGUGUGAGUCAGCAGGGCUCUAGGAAUUGGGAGCACAGCAACGUAGCCCACUACUCCCAGUCCCCAUCUUGGCCCUACCGCUUGCCACAGAAAUUCAUCCAGCAGGGCAACGGGUGCCACCCACAACCCGGCAAGCCCAUCAUGUCCCAAAGUUCUGUGGUGCACCCCAGUCAGCAUUUCCCGCUCCUCCCCCACGGACGACGACAUGUCAACCUCAAUUACAUCCAACAGAAGAAAUGAACUUUGAAUUCUAAACUCUGCUCCCAUAGCAUAUCCAUUCAAUUAGGUUUUAUGGUCCUUCACCAUGACAAAACAAAAACGAUGUAAUCGAAAUUUGCAUCAUUUGGUCACAAUACUUUAAAUGAAUUUUAUCAUUUUUGUACAGUUAAAAACAAAAAUGGGUUCCUUACAUUGAUUUGUGAUACAAAUGCCAUAUUUUAAUACCCCCAUUUUUGAAGGGGUCCAAAAAGUGUUUAUUUUAUCGUGUAAAGGAAGUAGGUAAAAAUAUUAGCUGUAUUCAUACUUUGCUUGCUUAAGGAUAAAAGCUUUGAAUAGAUAUUUGAAAAAAAUAUAUAUAUAUAUCAUGCCCACCCCUAUCAGAUAGUUAGUGCCUUUAGAAAGUAUUCAUACCCCCUGACUUAUUCCACAUUUUGUUGUUACAGCCUGAAUUGAAAAUGGAUUCAAUUGUUAUCUACACACAAUACCCCAUAAUGACAAAGUGAAAACAUGUUUGGAGAAAUAUUUUGCAUAUUUUAUAGAAAAUGAAAAAGCAUGCAUCAAAUGUACAUAAGUAUUCACACCCCUGACUCAAUACUUUGUAGAAGCACCUUUGGCAGUGAUUACAGCUUAGUCUUUCUGAGUAUGUCUGUAAGAGCUUUCCACACCUGGAUUGUGUAACAUUUGCCCAUUGUUGUUAAAAAAAAUCCUCAAGCACUGUCAAAUUGGUUGUUGACAACCAUUUUCAGGUCUUGCCAUAGAUUUAUGUCAAAACUGUAAUUCGGUCACUCAGGAACAUUCACUGUCGUCUUGUUAAGCAACUCCAGUGUAGAUUUGGCCUUGUGUUUUAGGUUAUUGUUCUGCUGAAAGGUGAAUUAAUCUCCCAGUGUCUGGUGGAAAGCAGGCUGAACUAGGUUUGCCUCUGCUUAGUUUCGUAGUGUUGAUUACUAUCCGAAAAAACUCCCCAGUCUUUAACGAUUACAAGCAUACCCAUAACAUGAUGCUGCCACCACUAUGCUUGAAAAUUUGGAGAGUGGUACUCGGUAAUGUGUAGUAUUGGAUUUGCCCCAAACACAACACUUUUCUUUCAGGACCAAAAGUGAAUUGCUUAGCCACUUUUUUUUUUCAGUAUUACUUUAGUGCCCUGUUGCAAACAGGAUGCAUGUUUUGGAAUAAUUUAAUUCUGUACAGGCUUCCUUCUUUACAUUCUGUCAAUUUAGGUGAGUAUUGUGGAGUAACUACAAUGUUGUUGAUCUAUCCUCAGUUUCCUCCUACCACAUCCAUUAAAUUCUGAGACUGUUUUAAAGUCACCAUUGGCCUCAUGUUGAAAUCCCUGAGCGGUUUCCUUCCUCUCCGGAGUUAGGAAAGACGCCUUUAUUUUUGUAUUGACUGGGUGUAUUAAUACACCAUCUAAAGUGUAAUUAAUAACUUUGCCAUGCUCAAAGGGAUAUUCAAUGUCUGUUUUUUUAAAUUACCUUUACCCAUCUACCAAUAGGUGCCCUUCUUUUCGAGGCGUGGGUAAACCUCCCUGGUCUUUGUUUGAUAUUCACUGCUCGACUGAAGCAAUUAUCUGUAAGGUAUGUGUGGGUUACAGAGAUGAGGUAGUCAUUCAAAAAUCAUGUUAAACACUAUUGCACACCAAGUGAAUCCAUGCAACUUAUGUGAUUUAUUAAGCGGAUGUUUACUCCUAAAUGUAUUUAGGCUUGCCAAAACAUAAGGGAUUGAAUACUUAUUGACUCGAUAUUUCAGCUUUUCAUUUUUUAUUAAUUAAAUAUUUCUACAAACAUAAUUCCACUUUGGAAUUAUGAGGUAUUGUGUGUGUGUGUGUGUGUAGGCCAGUGACAAAAAAAUCUCAAUUUUAAAUGUAGGUUGUAACAACAAAAUGUGGAAAAAGUCUAGGGGUGUGAAUUUUUCCUGAAGGCACUGUAUGUAGUGCCAAAAAUACCUAUAGUAAGUGGCAACAUUUUAAAAUAAAUAACAAAGCCCCCCAAAAAUACUUUAAACACAAACAACACUUUGUUUUUGGUGACUAUUUGUUGACUGCAGACCAUUUUGGCCAGUUUCCCAGACAGAUUAAACUUAAUCCAGGCUGUAUCACAACCGGCCGUGAUUGUGCACACAAUUGGUCCAGCUUCGUCUGGGUUUGGCCGGUGUAGGCCGUCAUUGUAAAUAAGAAUUUGUUCUUAACUGACUUGCCUAAGGUAGUUAAAUAAUGAUUAAAUCAUUUUUUUAAAUCCUGGACUAAAAUAAUUUUUAGUAGAGAUUCUUAAUCUAUCCUGGAAACCACUGCCUUAUUUUUUUUUUUUAAAUAGCCGAUCGGGACAGCAAAUUGUUGUCGCUCUACGUACAAUGCAGUACAGUAUGAUUUUCACGAUCAUCUUCGGUCAUGAUUUACAUAACUGCAGCAUGCAUGGGUUUAAUCAGCAGGACUGGUAUUGGCAUGUAUUGCAUACAAUGUCACUGGAGUAUUAUUGAUUCAUACGUUUUGUUGAUUCUAAAGUUACAGAUUUCCCUUAUUACAUAAUGCUGGUGGUUGUCAACCAAGUGAACAUUUUCCUAGAAAUACCCCUGAGGAAUGUUUUUCUCUCAAAUCAAUGGAAGAAGCUGUUACAGCAGUCCACUUUGCAUUGGGUUUGGGCUCUCCCUCCUUUGCCUAGCCCAUAGCCUUUGUGUUGGACGAACAAUGUGAAAGGCAGUAGCAGUAAUGUAUACAGUCCGGUAGAACUUUUCCUGUUAGUCUCAGGUAAACCAGAACAGUAGGGGACAGAGAUAGGAAAGGAAGGAUGCAAGUAAGAAUGUACGCUUAUGAAUAGGUGGACUGAAUAAAUUCUCAUGAUAACUACUAAAAGUCUAGUUAUUGCAAUUUCACAACUAUACUACACAAAGGCAUGAAGGUUGUAAGGCUGGAGUGUGGGCCCAACCUUGCUGUUUGGUCUGGUCUUCUAUGAGGUGUACAUGUAGGCAAUUUCUCCACUGGCCAGUCCCUACACACUGGCUUCUGGUGGGGAACAUACCCCAGCUACUGAACAAACCUGCACCAACUUUUGCUGAGGCAGUACUACUUAAGUAGUUUUUGGGGUUAUCUGUACUUACCUAUUUGUAUUUUUGACAACCUUUAUUCUACUACAUUCGUAAAGAAAAUAGACUUUUUACCCCCAUUUUCCCUGAACACACAAAAGCAAAAUUUUGAAUGCUUUGGAAGGACAGCAAUAUUGUCCAAUUCACACACCUGUCAAUAUAAUGAGUUGUCAUGCCUCUGAUCUGGUGGACUCACUAAACACAAAUACUGUUUGUACAUGAUGUCUGAGUAAUGGAAUAUGCCCUGGCUGUCUGUAAAUAAAUACAAUUUUAAAAAUG